GAUGGCUCAGACAAGAGUAUAUUUUUUUUGCAUUUAUCUGAGAUCAUCAUUAGGUACAUCCUACGGGGAAAUAUGUCUAAAUUUGCUGGCAAAGUGCCAGGUACCAAAAUGAACCCAGUUUCGUAGAAGCACCCAUGUACUAACACAUACUGGAAAUGAAGCUGAUUGGACUUGUUGCAUUUCUUGUUGCAGGGAUAUGGUGAUAUUAGGUGAAAAGAAAUGUCUUUUAAAUGAACUGAUAUUAACACACUGUAAAAAUGAAACCAAUUCUCACAUGACACAGCUGAUAAGAUGAUCUUUAGUCAGGACUGACGCCUCCCUGAAUCACUUCCUUACAAGUGGACUUCAGUCAGUCACUAUCACCCAGCUGAAGUGAACUUUGACCCUGUGAAUGUAGCCUACAGCACUGAACGACAGCAGGGGUGAAACGGUUUCAGUGUUUCCUAGUUUUAUUAGAUGACAAUUUUCUGUUGAUAUGUCGACCCUUGGAUAAAAACUGAGUUGAGAAUCUUUGUGGAAGGUAAGAGGAAACCUGACCUGUGAAAUCUGCUGUUUGAUCAACGUACGGGAAGAGAUUUUUCAACUUCCAUUUUGUUUUCCUAGGUGUUACCUUUUUUUCUACCAUAACAGAUGACACAGAACAUGUUCCAGGAGGGGCUGUACCACGUUUAUUUCAAGGAGACGCCCUCAACCCGCCCACUGACCCAAGUUACUGAUCAAGGGGAUCUUAAAAAUGCCAGGAUUCACCGCUGGUUUGCAACUGUGGUAAACACUCGCCUUCUAGUUGCUGGGGUGGUUCAGGUGCUUAGUGCUGUGGCCUGCAUACUAACCACCGUCACCCAUGCAUGUGUGAGCUACAACUGUUCUGUUUCCAUGACAACACCUGUGUGGUCAAGCAUAUUUUAUGUGGCUGCUGGGUGUCUGGCAGUGGAGGUUCAGAGAAAAGUUAACAAAGUGAAGAUUAUCAUCUUGAUGUGUUUGAACCUCUUCAGUCUGGUUUUUGGAUUCUCUGCUCUGCUGGUCAUCAGCAUCAGGCCUGCAGAUCCAGCUGAACUCAACACAGCUCAACAGCGUGCUGGCUCACUUGUAGCAAAAGGAAGCUCCAUAGUCUUCAGUGUGCAGUGUUUUCUGUUAUCUCUCUACAUACUGUUUCUGUCAUGGAGAGGCUUACGUCGCUACAGUCCUUCAUACAUUCAGACCUACAGUCGAGUGUCACAGGAUGCAGAUGAAACCAAUGGACCUCUUCUGGAGCAAGUUGAAUACAGUCUGUAACGCCCCAGGAACUUAAAUCUUUUUCAUAUUUAUGCCAGUUUUCAACCGGAUCAACAUGUCUGCUUGCACAAAGUUAAACUAAACUCAGUUACUGUUAUUUUUAAGGCUCUAAACUAUGACUGUACAAUCCUGAUUUUUCAAACUAUUCACUUGACUAAUGACUCAGUAUCACUCCCCUCUGAUUUUCCAAGUAAUGAUUGUCUGGGUGAAAUGACACGAUGACGUGUAACGGUUGAAAAUCACUCAAAGCAUGUGCUGAAUCCAUAUAUGACAUACUGAUAAGAUUUCGUAUUUAAUAGUACAUUGUUUUAACUGAUGUCAAAGCUAUUCCUUGUUUUAUUUUUCAGAGAUAAUUUUCCCUGAUAAACACUAGAGGGCAGUAUUGCUCAAGAUUUUCCUACCUUCCUGCGAUCCACAGAACUGUUCCCACUAGAAAAAAGAAAUCUGUUUGAUCUGUACAUUGUGAAGCCAUAUUUAACCAAAUGCUCAUUUAUUGUAAAUAAAUAUUUGU